UGGCCGUGCCCAGCUGCGUUUAGCGGAUAACUUGUCGCUGAGGAAAUUCGCGUGAGGUGCGAGUGUAAGGUUGUUCCUGAUCGAGUCGAGUCAACGCGGAUCAUUGCGAUCGCGAGUCGGCGUUAUCUCGUGGGGAGUCAACCAUCGAGGAAGCGCGCGAAACGAGCGGGAGAAGCGGCGUAGUCACGUUGACGCGCUCCUAACCUCUCAAGUGUCAGUCACAGUCAGUUCCCGUUCCAGCGACCCGCUGCUCGAGCGUGUCGCGCUUGCACGUCGGCGAGCAGAAGAGAUCCCGCACGUGCUCCUACGCACGUCAUUGUUCCCCCUGUGUGUUCCAUCGCGCCGAUAACCGAUGUCCGCUGGCAUGUUCCGCACGACGACAGCGAGGCCAUUCAACCUGCGAUACAUCCUCGCGUUCAACGAACCUUACGCACUUUGUUGGAGACAGAAUAGAGUGAAAUAGUGUUUACUGCAGCUGCAUACGUGAAUGUGCGAUCGCGGUUCGAUUAACUUAUUUUUUAUAGAUAUAGUUUAUCCCCUAUUGUAUUUAUAUUACACGUGUGCGACACUCGCUCACUGUUCAUUGUUAUCACAAUCUGCUGCUACUCAACACCGCACAUAAUAUAAAAGCAUAUAUAUAUAUAUAUAUAUAUAUAUAUAUUUGUAUAUAUACUACUACUCAGCAUUUCGCAUUUUCUAUUAUUCUAUCUAGCUUAACGAUGCGCCUUAUCAGUGUUGAGAAGCUGAGCGAAAUUCAGAAUGACGCUACACGCAUCAGGAAUAUAUGUAUACUGGCACAUGUGGAUCAUGGAAAAACAACCCUGGCAGAUUCUCUCGUCGCAAGUAACGGCAUCAUCUCCAACAAAUUGGCUGGCAAGCUCCGAUAUUUGGACAGUAGACCGGAUGAGCAGAUACGUGGAAUCACGAUGAAAUCCAGCUCCAUAACGCUGUGUCAUGUACACAAUGAAACGGAUCAUGUAAUAAAUCUAAUCGACUCUCCGGGACACGUAGAUUUUUCCUUUGAAGUUUCAACGGCGGUUCGACUUUCCGAUGGAGCUUUUAUCGUGGUUGACGUAGUCGAAGGUGUAUGCCCUCAGACACGUAGCGCCUUAUCUAUAUCCUAUGUCGAGGGUUUAAAGCCUAUUUUAGUACUUAAUAAAAUCGACAGAUUGAUUAUAGAAAUGAAAUUGACGCCAUUAGAUGCCUAUGUUCGUUUGACGCAAGUUUUAGAGCAAGUAAACGCCAUUAUGGGUGAAUUAUUUGCGAGCGAUGUUAUGGAACGCGAAGAACGAGAGGAAACAGUUACAGUUGCGUCAAACAGGGUAAACGAAAGAGAUUUGGCUGAUUGGCAAUCGGUGCUAGAAGAGAUUGAUGAUUCAAAUUUAUAUUUUUCUCCAGAACAAGGAAAUGUCCUUUUUGCUAGUGCAAUUGAUGGCUGGGGAUUUGGUAUAAAGGAAUUUGCUAAAAUUUAUUCUAACAAGUUGGGAUUCAGCGAGAAAAUUUUGCGUAAAACUCUGUGGGGAGAUUUUUAUAUAAAUAACAAAACAAAACGUAUCAUGAAAGGAGCUCAAGAGAAGGCGAAGAAGCCGCUUUUCGUACAACUUAUAUUGGAUAAUAUCUGGGUACUAUACGAGAACAUAGUGAUACGAAAAGACAAAGAUAAAUUGUCGACUAUGGCUCAGAAAUUAAAUAUCAAAUUGACAACGCGAGACUUGAGACAUACAGAUCCGAAAGCACAAUUACAAGCCGUUUGCUCGCAGUGGCUUCCUCUGGCACAGACUUGUCUCGAUAUGGUAUGCGAGAAGGUGCCAGCACCAAGUAAAUUAACCGACGAGAAAAUUGAACGAUUGAUAAGUGGAAACAACGACUUCUCUACUUUACCUCUUGAAACACAGCGACUCAAAACAGCAUUCUUAUUGUGCGAUCCAUCUCCGGAUGUACCAGUUAUUGUAUUUGUAUCGAAAAUGUUUCUAGUGGAAAGAGACAUGUUACCUGAAAAUAGGCCGAAAUCUUUAACAUCAGAAGAAUUGGCACAAAGAAGAGAGAUUGUUCGACAGAAGCAUGCCGAGCAAUUGGAGCGAAAAACUGUUAGCGAGAAUCAUGAAGAAAGUACGUACAAUUCGGUUGCAUCUAAGAAUGAGGAGGUCUCUAUAAAAGAGGAGAAUGUCACUGAUGAUAAGUCGGACGGCGCAUUAGUAGCUUUCGCUCGAGUAUAUUCGGGAUCCAUCAAGAUUGGGGACGAGGUGUUUGUCUUAGGACCGAAACACAAUCCCAGUGUUGCUCUGGAACGCGAGAAGGCGGGCGAGCAAGUGGAUUCGUCGCUUGUGCUCAAGGAUUUGAAACCUGGGAGACAUAUCACAAAGGUGACUGUAAGUAAAUUGUACAUUCUCAUGGGAAGAGAGCUCGAAGCUGUGAGCAAAAUUCCGGCAGGUAAUGUCUUCGGAAUCGGCGGCCUCGAAGAGCAUGUACUAAAGACCGCGACACUUUCCACGACGAUCGCUUGUCCUUCCUUUACGGAAUUAACUUCUCUCGCGGUUCCAAUUUUACGAGUAGCUCUUGAGCCGAAGCAUCCGAAUGACUUGCCCAAGCUUAUCAACGGCUUAAAAUUAUUGAAUCAGGCAGAUGCCUGCGCCAUCGUUCACAUGCAAGAGACUGGUGAGAUUGUCCUGAGCACUGCCGGUGAGGUUCACUUGGAGAGAUGUCUGGAAGAUCUCAAAUUGCGAUACGCAAAAGUCGACAUUAACGUGUCGGAUCCAAUCGUGCCAUUCCGCGAAACUAUAGUACCGCCUCCGAAACUCGACAUGGUGAACGAAGCGAUCGAGAAGAAGAUGGAAGAAGGUAGACUCGAAAUUUGGACAUCGAAUCGGCAGUGUUACUUCGAGAUAGACGCGAAACCUCUUCCAGAAAACGUAACGAAAUUGUUAGAGAAAAAUAUUAAUUUGAUAAAACUGUUGGAUAGUUACUGCGAUAGAGGUGUAGAGAAAAAUGGAGAACACGGGAAUAUUUCUGGUGAGAGUCAACCUAGUGAGAGAUUUAUGUCCGAUAAAAAGCAGAAGGAAGCGAAAAUCUUCAAGAACGAAUUAGAGGCAGCUUUUCUCGAGGCAGGAUGGAAGGAUAAUAUAUUAGACAAAAUAUGGUCGUUUGGGCCUCGGAAAUGUGGACUCAAUAUCCUGUUGAACGAAACCGAUUAUAAACAAAAAAAAUACUGGGAGCAGCAAAACACAAACGUCGAUUCUCGAACGAUAUAUGAGAGCAGCAUAGUCAAUGGAUUUCAGCUCGCUACUUUAGCUGGUCCCUUGUGCGAGGAGCCUAUGAUGGGUGUUUGCUUUUUUUUAAAGAAGUGGGAAAUUUUUGAUACUUCACAAAGCGAUUCCAGUGGUCAAAGCCAAGGACAUCUAGCCGGCCAAUUAAUGUCAGCAUGUAAAGAAGCCUGUCGACGCAUUUUUAGCCUGCGACAUCCUCGAUUGAUGACGGCAGUGUACAGUUGCAGCGUUUUAGUCAACUCCGACGUUCUCGAAAAAGGGCUACGAUAAAUCAAUGUCGUUCGGUUUAAAUGGCUGUCGCGGAUAUCGAGUGAUUUUGACUGAUCGUUUAAAUGUAUCUGAAAAAUACGUUUGCGAUGUACGCUGGACAAGAGGAGGCGGAUUCAAUGAUUCAAGGCAGCGAAGCGCAGUGCGGCGGUAACGGUGUCGUGCAGAUGGUAACGCGCGAGUAGAGCAUCCGCGAGCAGUCGCGGGUGAUGGACCGUAACGUUCUCACAGAUAACUCACGGCUUCCGAUGACGUUCAUUCGCGUUCUGGUUAUGUCAAGUUAUCCUAGGAUCACUCGGCACGGAACAAUACCCUCCUGCAUCUCGAAAGGAGAAAUCGGCAUUUCAUUAGAAAGCACCCGACCUUUAAAUUUAUAACGACGCAUUUUAUAUUUAUAAUA